CCCAAGCAAGGUGUGAGAAAUUGAUAACACUAUAGACCUUCCCUCUCUCACUCUAAUAGGAGAGAGAGAGAGAGAGAGAGAGAGGAAGAAAACAAGAGAAAAAGGUGCAACACACACGCACACAAAAAACACACAAAGCACGUUGAAGCUACCAAUUGGAAGAAAAUGAAGAAAAAGGAACAACAACAACAAGUAGAGUAGAAGAUUACUCUCAUCAUUCUUCCAAACCCUUCUUCCAAAACCCUUUUUCUUCACUUCUUUCUUCAACAAAAAAAUGGGAAAUGUGAAUGGAAGAGAAGAAGAUUUCAAUGGAACACUAUCAUCAGCUUCAUCAACAUCAUCAGAAGUCAGUGAUUCCAUGUCUGCACCUGAUGGGGUUGUUGAAAAUCCUUCACCUGUUGAGUUAAUGGGUCAUUCUCCACCUGCUAGCCCUAGAACAACUCAAUCUCCUUUAAUGUUCACUCCUCAAGCUCCGGUGGUUCCACUACAAAGACCUGAUGAGAUGCAAGUUCCCAGCCCUUCCUUGAUGCAAACUAAUUCAGGGUAUGAGGAUAUGUUCAGUGAAAUUGGAAUUCCGACGAUGAUUACAUGGAGUUAUGAUGGUAAAGAAGUUGCUGUGGAGGGAUCAUGGGAUAAUUGGAAAACGAGGAUGCCAUUGCAGAGAUCAGGAAAGGACUUCACUAUAAUGAAGGUGCUGCCAUCUGGUGUUUAUCAGUUUAGAUUUAUCGUGGAUGGACAGUGGAGGUACGCACCUGACUUGCCUUGGGCUCGAGAUGAUGCUGCCAAUACUUACAACAUUCUUGACUUGCAGGAUUCCGUUCCUGAAGACCUUGGAAGUAUUUCUAGCUUCGAACCUCCAAAAUCACCAGACUCUAGCUACAACAACUUACACCUAAGCUCUGAAGAUUAUGCAAAAGAACCGCCAUUGGUUCCUCCAUUCAUGCAAGCGACUCUUCUUAAUGUUCCUUCCGCAAAUAUGGAAUUCCAACCUCUUGUAUCCAGACCACAGCAUGUAGUGCUCAAUCAUCUCUAUAUGCAGAAAGGAAAGAGCAGCCCUUCUGUGGUGGCACUCGGCUCGACUCAUCGAUUUGUAGCCAAAUAUGUCACUGUGGUGAUGUACAAGUCUUUGCAGAGGUAAACAUAUAUGAAAUGAACCAUAGACUUGGGGCAGGGUAGCCUUUUAAAGCCCUUGCAUUUUGUUAAUAUAGCUUUCUGCAGUACAAUCUUUUGAGAGAUACUGUAAGCUACAGAAGAAUCAUUACAUGAAACUCGAGAUUAUGAUACAUACAAUGCAAUGGCUUGGUGGUCAUUCUUUAUGCAAUUUCAGUUAGAAAUUUUUAUAUAAUUUGAUGAUUGUAUUCUCUAGGAAA